AUGUUCACAACGGUUCUUCAGCCACGCCCAGCUUCAAACGGGAAGCUCGAAUCUUUCGUACACGUCGAUCACAUCGGACAUCGUGAGAAAUGUCAUUCGGAGCGCAUUGCACAAUCUAUCGUCUUCGACAUCGAAAACAGCGCCGACAGCAGCCAGACAUACAUUGACAACGGCUAUCUGGACAAUGCUUCGUACAUGGAAUUGGACAACAGCAUUUCUGUAAGGGUACGGCUAAAGGUUAUGUUUACGGUCUUCCCUUACCGUGACCCUAUCUACCUCGUCGCGAUCAUCUUCCUUAUUGGAUCUAUCGAUCUCGUCAUCAACGCUUUCUUCGACCUACUGCCUCGCAUCAUGCCAUCCACCAUUUUCGAAACCGAGGAAACAAUCGCUGCUCCUACCACAAUCUUGAUUGGAUCAAUCUUCUUCUUUGUAGCCGGUGUCUUUGACACUUUCAGCGCUCUGAACGUAGAUCGCGGUACACUCACGAUGUCGAAAUGGGACCCUGAAAAAGUCAAAUACCGUCCUGCGCUUCUCGGCACUCCGGAGUUCAAGUGGAUACCUUCAUGGCCAAAAGCGUGGGACUUAACCAGGAACAAUUUGGCUUUUCAGGCAGGUCUCAUCGUCCUGUUUGGUGGCAUUAUCUUUAUGUUUGCUGGUAUCGUCGACUUUCCUGGAAUAGUCUCAGAAGAGGAUCCCUUAUUCGGUCUUAUCGUCUUCGGGCCGCAGGUCAUACAUGGCGCCCUCUUCUUAGGCGCAAACGCUAUGCUGGCUGUCUUUGAACAAGAGCGCUGGUACAAGCCCAAGUUCUUUGAUCCGGAUUGGCAGAGUGCAUUCCUGAAUGCCGUUGGUGGGCUUGGCGUCAUGCUGGCUGGUUUCUUCCUUUACCAGAGAGGAGAGAGUGAAGAGCAGAGUGAAAUAAAUGCAGCUAUUGCGGCAAUGGCAGGGAGCUGGGCUUUCUUGGUUGGCAGUAUAAUCAGGUGGUACGUUGUUAUGGAGUUCUGGUAG